AUGCGUUAUUUGAAUGGUGAAGUGUCCGAGGCUGUUGGAUACUAUUGGCAUCGAAACUCGAGCGAUGCUACAGGAUACCUAUUUCACCUUGAUACAUCCGGCAACUACAUCCUGGACCCCUCAACAGGCUCCUACGUGGCAGCCCAAGAGUACAAGACAUUUGCAGUUUUUGCCUGCAACCCUCUGCUACCCAUCAUGGUCACGGAUAUGGAUCCGUUGGUGUACCAAUCUCAUUGGGACCUGCUUAGAAUCUUCCACUCACGAGCAAUUCAGAGUGGCCUCUCCCAGGUCGUGACUCUUGAGAGCCCUGUGGCAGAAGGGCCGGCCCCAGUGCGGUACGUGGCUGGGAAGUCGCCUAGCUGGGUGCCAGGACUGAUUCCUGAAACAUAUCGUAACCCUUCUUCUCAUGCCCCGGCCUCAUUGGGCUUAGGGGGUGAGCUACCCGUUAUCUUGAGCCUCAUGGCUCUGAAUGCACGUCCCUUGAGCGGGGGCGAAAACGAGGCAAAUGAAGUUUUCUUAGAGAAGCAGCAGUGGUGCAAUGGGCGAUGGCGAGGAAAUAAGGUCCCAAAGGGGCAUCCAGACACUGCCCAGGAUGACCCGAACGGGUUUCUCUGCAUGGUUUUUCUUGAUCCUGAAAACCCGGGUUGCACUGCGGAGACCUUGAAUUUUUUUGAGUGGCACACGGCUAUUAUUCGCGGCUGA